AUGGAAGAAAUGAAAGAGAAUAUGAGAAGGGCGAGUCUUGUAGAAGAUUUGGUCCACAGAACUAAUUCUCCCUUUACGGCUUCCAUCAACGGUCACCCUUUACCACCAAAGUUCAAGUUGCCUUCUCUGGAUUCGUAUGAUGGGACACGAGACCCUUUUGAUCACAUUGCCACCUUUAAGACCACUAUGCAUCUUCAAGGGGUUCCCGAUGAAAUAAUGUGUAGAGCCUUCCCUACCACCCUCAAGGGCCUAGCACAAGUGUGGUUCGAUAAAAUACCCCCGAAUUCAGUAAGUUCUUUUAAAGAAUUGAGUAAGUUGUUUGUCAAUAACUUCAUCGGAGGACAGAGACACAAACGUUCUUCGUCCUUCUUGUUGACUAUAGAACAGGGGGAAAGUGAAAGCUUGCGGUCCUUCAUCACCCGUUUUAAUAGGGAAGCAUUGGCAGUGGACGAGAUAGACGAUAAGUUUCUAUUGGCAGCUUUUCAUAACGGACUUAAUUCAGAUCUGUUCAUCCACAAGCUUUAUGAACAAGAGCCUCAAACUAUGACUGAACUUGUCCACUUCUCUCAGAACUUUAUGAAUGCAGAAGGUGCAAUCAUAGUUAAGAAGAGGAAGAGAACUGAGAAAAUGGAAGCAAAUCGCCACUCUGAACAAGGGCCCCGUCCAAAGAAGGGAUGGAUGGAUGACAAAAAGGACUAA